AAGAGAGAACUUCCCUAGAGAGAGUUGAGUGAGAACCAUUGGAGGACGGAGGCUGAUUUUUGCUCCUCGGUGAACGGAUUUGUCCAAGCUGAUGAAAUUACCCGAGGUUUUCCCGGAUAACACAAAAAUGAAGUAAAAGUGAACUGAGACGGAUGCAAAUCUGGAAUUUGGACCACUUCUGAAUCUGAAACAGGUGUUGCAAGAGUUUGGCGUUACCACUUCUCGACGAUGUUGAUGACGUUUAAGUUCAGGCCCCAGUGAACUGCAAUGGAAAAUCUUUUUCUAUAGAAACGUACGGACAAACUGAGAGAUGUCCGACGCAGAUGUGUACCCCUCCCCUUCUCCUACUCCCCCUCUCCUCUGCGACUACAGUGAAUGGUCCCCGUCCCUUUUCAUCGUCCCCUCUGUCUACCUGCUGGCCUUCCUGAUUGGUUGCCUCGGCAACAGCUUGGUGCUCUGGGCCUAUCUGGACCGAGCGGACCGGAGGAGGACUGAGACCAGGAACAAACAGAAAACAGGAGUUGGACAGCUCUGCUGCGCUUUCAGAACUAGUCCACAGAGGUGUAACAAGGUCAGCAGGGCUCACUGUAUCUCUUUUACUCUUAAGAGCAAAACAAACUGUAGAGACUCCUCAGGACAAAGCAACAGACCUUCUUCUUAUUCCUCCUCUUGCCCUCCCUCCAUCCCCCAGCCCUCUCGCUCACUGACAGACUCUCUAAUAGCCAGUUUAGCUUUGGCUGACCUCUGCUUCCUUGUGACUCUGCCCCUCUGGGCCGUUUACACGGCCAUGGGCUACCACUGGCCUUUCGGGCAACCCCUUUGCCAAAUCAGCAGCUUCCUGACAGCUCUCAACAUGUACGCCAGCGUAUUCAGCCUGAGCAUGCUCAGUCUGGAGCGUUACUGGGUUCUGACCGGACGCCGGCACUCCAGCCAUCCUCAUCCUCCACAGAGGUGUCCCAGCAGGGCCUUGUGGAUUCUUGGAGGAGUGUGGGUUGUGGCGGGAGUCCUGGCUCUUCCCGGGUUGCUGCUACGCUCUGUCAGAGAGCUCGAGCUCGACCCUGACUUUGACAACGAUUGGCAGCUUGAAACGGCUGACUCCAGAGCUAUCCUCCUCUCCUGCCAGAUGGAUUACUCCAUGUUCAUCAGAGCAGACCUGGAGGAGACUGAAAAGGAGAAGGUGGAGAUGUGGUGGGCUGCUGCCCUGAGUCUAAAAUCAACUCUUAUUGGCUUUCUGCUUCCUCUUGUCAUCUUGCUGGUCUGCUACUGUUCACUGGCCCACCUGCUCAGCAGACAUUUUGGAAGGGGCCCUCGUCCCGACCGCAAGCGCCAGAGGAGACUCCUCAGGGUGAUUGUGACGUUAGUGAUGGCAUUUUUCCUGUGCUGGCUCCCUCUGCAUGUUAAUAAAACCGUGUCUAUGCUGCUGGAAUUUGGAUACAUUCCAUAUUCCUGCUCUUUAGACCAGACGCUGCUGGCUGCUCAGCCUUACGUCACCUGUCUAGCGUACCUCAACUCCUGCCUGAACCCUCUCCUCUACGCCACCUGCGACCCGUCGUUCAGGAAGAGAUGCAGAGGAGCUCUCCUUGUCGGGUGCAUGAGGAGAAGAGAAGGAGCAAAGAGAAAAGAGGGAAAGAAGGAUGCAGGAGAAGAGGAGAGAGAGGAAAAGAGCUCCACUUUUCCCACGAGGACGCAGGAGGAAACGGCCGAUCGGACAGAUGAUGCAGACCAGUGGGAAAGGGUUCGGGAGGUGGAUGCCAAGCUGGUUGAGGAAGAGGCCUUGUAAAAUCAAAUCAUGUAACUCAAUCUGUUGUAAUUUCAUUUUUAAGGAGCCAAGUCAUGGAUUUAGGAUGUUAAUUAACAAUAAAACGAAGUUGGAUGUGACAUUUUCCAGCAGAGCAACAACGCUCUUAGUCAGUAGGUCAAUAUUUUUACAGUAAACAUCUUUAUCAAAUGUACACGGACAAAUUGUAUAUUUCCUGUUUCUGUUUCCAAUG